UCCUUGUGCUUUUCUAGGCCGACCAAGUGGAAAAACACUCGGCUGGCUCCCCGCCUACAAGAACGAGCCAUUUGUCAAAGAGCACACCACCACAUCGCACUACUAGUGCACCGAAGAGGAGAGGCACCGAGCGUCGCCAGCGAGCCAUGGAUCACCUGCCACUGGCCGCCCCAGCCGCAGCCGCCGCCGCCGAGUCGCUGUCGCCGUCGCCGGGAGCCGGGAGGGCGCUCGACGCGUACAAGACGGCGCUGGCCACGGCGGCCUCGGCCGCCGCGUACGCCGUGAUGGCGCGCAGCAUGGCGCGGGAGCUGCUCCCCGACGAGCUGCGCGCCGCGGUGCGGUGGUGCGCGGCCGCCGCGCGCGCCCGGUUCGGCCGCGGCGACAGGGAGCGCCACACCGUCGUCAUCCGCCGCUACUUCGACACCGGGUACGGCGAGAACCACCUCUUCGACGCGGCGCGCGCGUACCUGGCCACCCGGAUCGACCCGCGCGCCAUGCGCCGGCUCUGCCUCGCGCGCUCCCGCGCCAAGGAGCCCGACGGCGGCGGCAGGUGGACCACGCUCAUGUGCAUGGAGCCCGGGGGGUCCACCGUCGACGUCUUCGACGGCGUCGAGUUCACGUGGACCUCCGUCGAGACCGGCGCCGACGACACGAAGAAGAAGGGCAAGGGCGGCGGCGGCGGCGGCUCCCCGCGGGAGUCCCUGGAGCUCUGCUUCGACGCCGAGCACACCGACACGGCGCUGGAGCGGUACGUGCCCUUCGUCAUGUCCACGGCGGAGGAGCUGCAGAUGCGGGACCGCUCGCUGCGCAUCUUCAUGAACGAGGGCCAGUUGUGGCACGGCAUCAACCACCACCACCCGGCCACGUUCGACACGCUCGCCAUGGACCCGGCGCUCAAGGACUCCGUCAUCGCCGACCUCGACAGGUUCCUCAAGCGCAGGGACUACUACCGGCGCAUCGGCAAGGCGUGGAAGCGCGGGUACCUGCUCUACGGCCCGCCCGGCACCGGCAAGUCCAGCCUCGUCGCCGCCAUGGCCAACUACCUCCGCUUCAACCUCUACGACCUCGACCUGUCCGAGGUGCGCCUCAACUCGUCGCUGCAGAAGCUGCUCAUCCACAUGCCCAACAAGUCUAUCCUCGUCAUCGAGGACAUCGACUGCUGCUUCGACGCCGCCGCGUCGAGGAAAGACGCCAAGGCGCCGGAGCCGGUCGAAGAACUGGACCCCGGCUACACAUCGGACUCGUCAGACGACAGCUGGCCGAUGAACGCGCACCGGCCGGGAGCAGCUCCGCCGAAGGGUAUCACUCUGUCCGGGCUCCUCAACUUCAUCGACGGGCUGUGGUCGACGUGCGGCGAGGAGAGAAUCAUCGUCUUCACCACCAACUACAAGGACCGCCUCGACCCGGCGCUGCUCCGGCCGGGCCGGAUGGACAUGCACAUCUACAUGGGUUACUGCGGCUGGGAGGCGUUCAGGACGCUGGCCAGGAACUACUUCCUCGUCGACGAUCACGAGCUGUUCCCGGAGAUACAGGAGCUGCUCUCGGCGGUGGACGUGACGCCGGCCGAGGUGUCGGAGAUGCUGCUGAGGAGCGAGGACGUCGACGUGGCGCUCCGGGGGCUCAAGGAAUUCCUUCAGGAGAAGAGACGGAAGACAAGGAAAGAGGCAGAGUACAAGAAGGACGCAGCAGAAGACAAGGAGGCGGCGGUAGCAGAGGAAGCAGUGUAGUUUCUUCUUCAGUGUUGCUUUAUUAGAGCUUCCCUUCCUCCAUGGUUUCGUUUUAUUUCUGGAGCAGGGGAGCAGGAGAAUAAACAACGAGGCAAUAGGAAUAGUAGUGUUAUUUAUCCCCUGUUGCUGCAUGUUUGUGUUGCUCUUGUCUGCUAUUUUGUUUCAGUUGCAGAGCUGUCCCUGUAAUACUAGUCCAUGCCUAAUUCUGUCUUUGUUCAA